AUGUCGUAUCAAAGUGGGUUGGAUGGAUUAAAUUCCUUGGUCCUUGAUUUGGAUUUUCCUGCUUUAAGGAAAAAUAAGAAUAUAGAUAAUUUCUUAAAUAGAUAUGAGAAAAUUGUGAAAAAAAUCAGAGGUUUACAGAUGAAAGCAGAAGACUAUGAUGUGGUGAAAGUAAUUGGAAGAGGUGCUUUUGGUGAAGUCCAGUUGGUUCGUCAUAAGGCAUCACAGAAGGUUUAUGCUAUGAAGCUUCUUAGUAAAUUUGAAAUGAUAAAAAGAUCAGAUUCUGCUUUUUUCUGGGAAGAAAGAGAUAUUAUGGCCUUUGCCAACAGUCCUUGGGUGGUUCAGCUCUUUUGUGCUUUUCAAGAUGAUAGGUAUCUUUACAUGGUAAUGGAAUACAUGCCCGGUGGAGACCUUGUAAACCUUAUGAGUAAUUAUGAUGUGCCUGAAAAAUGGGCCAAAUUUUAUACUGCUGAAGUUGUUCUGGCUCUGGAUGCAAUACACUCCAUGGGUUUAAUCCACAGAGAUGUGAAGCCUGACAACAUGCUCUUGGAUAAACAUGGUCAUCUAAAAUUAGCAGACUUUGGCACGUGUAUGAAGAUGGAUGAAACAGGAAUGGUGCACUGUGAUACAGCAGUUGGAACACCUGACUAUAUAUCACCUGAGGUUCUGAAAUCGCAAGGAGGUGAUGGUUACUAUGGGCGAGAAUGUGAUUGGUGGUCUGUAGGUGUUUUCCUUUUUGAGAUGCUAGUGGGAGAUACUCCAUUUUAUGCAGAUUCACUUGUAGGAACUUACAGCAAAAUUAUGGAUCACAAAAAUUCUCUCUGUUUCCCUGAAGAUGCAGAAAUUUCUAGACAUGCAAAGAGUCUCAUCUGUGCCUUCUUAACAGACAGGGAGGUACGACUUGGGAGGAAUGGGGUAGAAGAAAUCAAACAACAUCCUUUCUUUAAGAAUGAUCAAUGGAAUUGGGAUAACAUAAGAGAGACGGCGGCUCCUGUAGUGCCUGAACUCAGCAGCGAUAUAGACAGCAGCAAUUUUGAUGACAUUGAAGAUGAUAAAGGAGACGUAGAAACCUUCCCAAUUCCUAAAGCUUUUGUAGGAAAUCAGCUGCCUUUUAUAGGAUUUACCUACUAUAGAGAAAAUUUGUUAUUAAGUGACUCUCCAUCUUGUAGAGAAAAUGAUUCAAUACAAUCAAGGAAAAAUGAAGAAAGUCAAGAGAUUCAGAAAAAACUAUAUAUAUUAGAAGAACAACUUAACACUGAGACUCAAGCCAAAGAAGAGUUAGAACAAAAGUGCAAAUGCAUUAAUACUCGACUAGAAAAAACAGCAAAAGAGCUGGAAGAAGAGAUUACAUUACGGAAAAAUGUGGAAUCAGCAUUAAGACAAUUGGAAAGAGAAAAGGCCCUACUUCAGCACAAAAACGCAGAAUAUCAACGGAAAGCUGAUCAUGAAGCUGACAAGAAACGGAAUUUAGAAAAUGAUGUUAACAGCCUAAAAGAUCAACUUGAAGAUUUGAAAAAAAGAAAUCAGAACUCUCAGAUAUCCACUGAGAAAGUAAAUCAACUCCAGAAACAACUGGAUGAAACGCAUGCUUUGCUGAGAACAGAAUCUGAUACUGCAGCUCGGUUAAGAAAAACCCAGGCAGAAAGUUCAAAACAGAUUCAACAGCUGGAGUCUAACAAUAGAGAUCUGCAAGAUAAAAACUGCCUGCUCGAAACUGCCAAGUUAAAACUUGAGAAAGAAUUUAUCAAUCUUCAGUCAGCUCUAGAAUCUGAAAGGAGGGACCGGACCCAUGGAUCAGAGAUAAUUAAUGAUUUGCAAGGCAGAAUAUCUGGCCUAGAAGAAGAUUUAAAGAAUGGCAAAAUCUUACUAGCAAAAAUAGAGCUGGAGAAGAGACAACUACAGGAAAAGUUCACUGAUUUGGAAAAGGGUCAGAUAGAAAUGGAGAAGAAGCUCUUAGAAGAAAGGUCUUUAAAACAGAAGGUAGAGAACCUAUUACUAGAAGCUGAGAAAAAAUGCUCUAUUUUGGACUGUGACCUCAAACAGUCACAGCAAAAGGUGAAUGAGCUCCUUAAACAAAAAGAUGGACUCAAUGAGGAUGUUCAAAAUUUGACGUUAAAAAUAGAGCAGGAAACUCAGAAGCGCUGCCUCACGCAAAAUGACCUGAAGAUGCAAACACAGCAAGUUAACACAUUGAAAAUGUCAGAAAAGCAGUUAAAACAAGAGAAUAAUCACCUCAUGGAAAUGAAAAUGAACCUGGAGAAACAAAAUGCUGAACUUCGGAAAGAGCGCCAGGAUGCAGAUGGGCAAAUGAAAGAGCUCCAGGAUCAGCUUGAAGCAGAGCAGUAUUUCUCAACACUCUAUAAAACUCAAGUUAGAGAACUUAAGGAGGAAAGUGAAGAAAAGACUAAACUGUGUAAAGAGUUACAGCAGAAGAAACAGGAAUUACAGGAUGAAAGGGACUCGUUGGCUGCCCAGCUGGAGAUAACAUUAACCAAAGCAGAUUCUGAGCAGCUGGCUCGUUCAAUUGCUGAAGAACAGUAUUCUGAUUUGGAAAAAGAAAAAAUCAUGAAGGAACUAGAGAUCAAAGAGAUGAUGGCUAGACAUAAACAAGAACUUACUGAAAAAGAUGCUACUAUUGCAUCUCUUGAAGAAACGAAUAGGACACUAACUAGUGAUGUUGCUAAUCUUGCAAAUGAGAAAGAAGAAUUAAACAACAAAUUGAAAGAUGCUCAAGAACAACUGUCACGACUGAAAGAUGAGGAGAUAAGUGCCGCAGCCAUUAAAGCGCAGUUUGAGAAGCAGCUGUUGACAGAGAGGACGCUCAAGACGCAGGCUGUGAAUAAAUUGGCUGAAAUUAUGAAUCGAAAAGAACCUGUCAAGCGUGGCAGUGACACAGAUGUACGAAGAAAAGAGAAGGAGAAUAGAAAGCUACAUAUGGAGCUUAAAUCCGAACGUGAAAAACUGACCCAACAGAUGAUCAAGUAUCAGAAAGAACUGAAUGAGAUGCAGGCUCAAAUAGCUGAAGAGAGCCAGAUUCGAAUUGAACUGCAGAUGACGCUGGACUCUAAGGACAGUGACAUUGAGCAGCUGCGCUCCCAGCUCCAGGCCUUGCACUUGGACAGCUCCAGUACUGGCAGUGGCCCAGGAGAUGCAGAUGCUGAUGAUGGGUUUCCAGAAUCAAGAUUAGAAGGAUGGCUGUCUUUACCUGUGCGAAACAACACUAAGAAAUUUGGAUGGGUUAAAAAGUAUGUGAUUGUAAGCAGUAAGAAGAUUCUUUUCUAUGACAGUGAACAAGAUAAAGAACAAUCUAAUCCUUACAUGGUUUUAGAUAUAGACAAGCUAUUUCACGUCCGACCAGUUACGCAGACAGAUGUAUAUAGAGCAGAUGCUAAGGAAAUCCCGAGGAUCUUCCAGAUUCUGUAUGCCAAUGAAGGAGAAAGUAAGAAGGAACAAGAAUUUCCAGUGGAGCCAGUGGGAGAAAAAUCUAACUAUAUUUGCCACAAAGGACAUGAAUUUAUUCCUACUCUUUAUCAUUUCCCAACCAACUGUGAGGCUUGUAUGAAGCCACUGUGGCACAUGUUUAAGCCCCCUCCUGCUUUAGAGUGCCGUCGCUGCCACAUUAAGUGUCAUAAAGACCACAUGGACAAAAAGGAGGAGAUUAUAGCACCAUGUAAAGUGUAUUAUGAUAUAUCAACGGCAAAGAAUCUAUUGUUAUUAGCAAAUUCUACGGAAGAACAGCAGAAGUGGGUUAGUCGGUUGGUGAAAAAAAUACCUAAAAAGCCCCCAGCUCCAGACCCUUUUGCACGGUCAUCUCCUAGAACUUCAAUGAAGAUACAACAGAAUCAGUCUAUCAGACGGCCAAGUCGACAGCUUGCUCCAAACAAACCAAGCUAACUGUCUUCUGUGAAAGCAGUCAUCAAGGUGAUCACAUUCUUCCAGUUAAAACAAGACUCAAAUAUAAUGUCCCAAAAUUUAUUAAAAAAGCUAUAUUUUACUGAGAGACUGAUAACACACAUACAUAUAUAUGUUCCUUUUCCUAUAAUGUAAAUUAAAAAUCAUGGACAGAUUGGCUUACUCCUUUGACCAGCAGUGAUUGGUGAGUAGAGUAAGGGUAGACACAGAUCUUCUAGCUCGCUGCAGUCAGCUCUCCUGGCAGUCAUUCACACUACACCGUCAAACACAAGAGUUACAGAAAUCAUCUUUCAGCUUCAACCAAGAUUUCACCAGCACAUUUACCCAGAAGAACCUGGGAAUGGAGUCCACUACAGUGACAGACUGCAUCGUAGAAAGAGUGACCAUGAUAUUGUGUUAUUUGUAAUGUGUAUGUAUGUAUAUGUAUAUAUAUGUGCGUGUGUGAGACACACUUACGCACACACAAACACAUAGUACUGUAAUACUGUAAGAGGGUUUUUUUAACUUACCAUUUUAUUUUUAUAUGCAUUAAUCAGAUAUCAUUUCUUCAGUUGCAACUAUGCACUUGUACAAAGCCAUAAUCCUGGAGUUUGUCCUCAUCCACAUGUAUCUGAUAGGAGCUGCAUGUUCGUGUCGAAGCAAUUACUGCAACAAAAAGCUUGAAGUUUAUAUCAGUUUCCUAGUGCUCCAUGAUAGGCAACUUCGCCCAUUUUGAAUACCUUAAUUUAAUUUUUUUCAAAGUCUUGAUCCUUUUCUGUAUUUAUGGGGGGGGGGGAAGGAACAAGUAUUUACCAGCUUGUAGAGACAAACUUGCUUUGUGGACAAAAAAUAGUGCACUAUUUUUUACACACAAUAGUUACAUCACAUCAGGCUCUUGUUUGUAUAACAAGACUUUUUUUUUAAUGUGUUGGUCAUAGAAACAAUAAUGGGUAGAAUUGGAGGCUAUAUGAUACUUUUGUACACCCAUCCCCUUUCCAGACAUCAGUGCUAGUCUGACUACAGCAGGCUUUGCUUGGAAUUUGCUGGCUAACCUAGGUGUGGCUUUGUUUCUGGUAAAUACGUUUGUGACUAUUUCUACGUUUUCACACUCAUGAUUCAGAAAUUGUCUUAAAUAUGAGGAAAACUAAGAUAUAUGUAGAUAUAUUUUAAAUAUUUAAAUGUGAUCUUGAAACAUAACCUUAUGGCAAUAUUCCAGUGUUGGGUUAAGAAAACUGGUAACUUGGAAGAGGCAGCCUCAGAGGCACUUAAUUUGAUUUUUUGUUUUUAAAAGGCUAUUAAGAUGAUUUAUUUCUCAUCCCAGAUAAAUACGUUUUGUACCAUGACAAUAUGCAGCACUGGUACACAUCAAGUUUCGUUUUUUUUUUAAUUAUGUACUCUUUUACCAGUCUCUCAUAUAUA